AUGUUUGAAACAUCUGCCACUCUCUUCCCUGGCGUGGCUUUUGCAACGUCUGGAAUUGGCCACCCAGUCGCUGUACCAUUGGCUAAAGAGGGGUGCGGCAAGAUUGCUGGGUUCGACAAGAAUGAGGAGACUCUUGUAGAUGCGGAAGUACAGCCUUGGGAGGUAGACAACCUCAAGACAGAUGAGGUCAUCCAGCACAUGACCCUUGCUUUCAAACAUUUUGGGCGUAUUGACUAUGCUGUCAACUACGCAGUCAACUGUGUCUGCCCUGGAGUCAUCAAAACUCCUAUGACGGCUGAUGUCCCAGAUGAUGACCCUGCAGUCCAAAAUGCAGUCAUGAAAAGAAAAGGCACUCCACAAGAAGUAACCAGAUGCCGUAUUGUUCCUCUCUAG